AUGUCCAUAAAGUCGCAGUUAAAAAUUAUUCGACAAUAUAUUGAUGAAGGAAAGAAUGAGAAAGCUCUAGAAAUUGUUGAGCUUUCAGAACUUUUCUCGAAUGGUGAAACGGAUUAUUUUCUCUAUAUCUUUGGUGCAGUUGUAUAUGGCAACCUUGGUGAAAUGAACAAAGCUAUCGAACUUUACAAAACGGCUAUUACCAUCGACGAAAAUAAACCUUUAGCUUGGCAAGGAUUAUACAAACUUCUGGAAAAGGAUGCAUUGAUAAUUGACAAUUUUGCUUUGAUUGUUGCUGAAAAAAUGUUAAGCUUAUUCGGGUGGGACCACAUUGGAGGCGAACAAAAAAUAUGCGAAGAUACAGAACUGAUAAAUAAUACUGAUUUUUGCAAACAUGUUCUGAGUAAGAUCAUUGCACCUCUUCGUGAAUAUACGGAUGCGGAGAGAAAUAUGUAUGAAAAAUGUUUCGCUACGGUUUUAUCAAGAGAAUCUGAAGAUGAUUGGAAAAUGAAAAAGUUUUAUUUCGAUGUUUCUUUUGCUAAGGAUUCGUCCAAUAUGCGGGAUAUUCUUGUGAAAAUUGAUUCGAAGUCAUCGAUCGUAUGUGAUAAAUAUUUUUUGGAUUAUUUGCGAUGCUUGACGUCUAUCGAAUAUUUAAAAACUCAUAAAUUCGAUAAAACAUUCACUGAAAUCUUAAGAAAUGUUGAGAAUACUUAUUUCGAAUCACUGAUUGCAUUUAUUGAAAUCGCAGAUUUUAAUGGUGCCUUAAAUUUUAUUGAUAAUUUAGGCAAUAAUGGAACUAACUGGUACUGCAAUGGUUUUAGGCCGUUAGUUGGUUUAAUUAUUGCUGUAUUGAAUCAAUGUGAAAGGUACGAACAAGCAUUAGCAAUCCUGGAAAAGGUUUCUCCCAAUGUGCAUCAUAGUUUUCUUCAUGAUCUCAACUCGGCCUUAUCUGCUGCUAAAGCAAAUUCAUUAUUUGGAAUCCAUGAUGAGGAAGCGCUAUCGCAAUUAGGAACAUUACUAACUUUGAAAAUCGAGCAUUGUUCAAUUUGGAACGAUGUUUAUUUAAAAAUGUCGGCUGAAUCGUCGAAAUUAACAGAAGAAAGCUUCAAAUCCAUAUUGGAUUCUAUUCCGGAAAUAACAGCUAGCGAUAAAUGUUACUGGAAUGCACUGUUUUAUUUUAAUCACUCGUUGUUAUCACAAGCGAAAUGCCUUAUUGAAGAAGCUGUCUCAAAUGAUUGUGAAUCAUGGAUGAAACUUUUGUUAAAUGCUGAAAUAUUAUUGUCAAUAAAUCCUAUUGAUUCUUUAGCAAUUUCUUUGCUAGUGAAGGCUGCAAAACUGAACCCUUAUAGUAGCCAAAUUUUUUUUCGUCUUGGUCAAUGCUUAUUUGAUAAAAAUACAAUGAAAGCGCUUAGUUGUCUAGAAAGAGCGCUAAAAAUACGUCCUCAGCAUUUUGAGGCCGCCAUUUUAUAUGAUAAAAUACUUGAUAAGAUGAAUCGGAAAGAAGAUCGCUUAAAUUUUCUCAACAAAUUUUUAUCUUUUUCACCAAAUUCUAUUUGGGCUCGAAAACGUCUAUCAUUACUUCAGUUACAGUGUGGAAAGGUAAGCGAAGCUAUUGAGAAUUUGCAAACUUUAGUACGUCGUGAUGAUCAUGAUGCAAAUAUUUGGAGCACUCUUGGAGAUGCUUAUAAAAUGCGUGGAAAUUUUCAAAGUGCGAUAAAAACAUAUAGAAAUGCACUUGAUUUGGAACUAAAUCAUAUUAGUGCUAAAGUUCAGCUAAUUCAAGUAUAUCAUCUUAUCGCGAAAUAUGAAGAAGCCCUCGAGGAAAUUGAAUUAUUAUAUCAGUGUAAUGCAUAUGCAUCGUGCGCUUCGCUACUUCACAUUCAGACUCUUUUACUUAUGGCAAACGGCACAACAUAUUCUCGACAAUAUGAAUUACUUAAGAAAUUUUUUAGUAUAGUCGAAAAUGCAUUGCAACAAAAUCAGUUGUCCUUAAUAGCUUAUAAAUGUGCUGGAGAUUCGUUAAUGCUUUCUCUCAGAUUUCAUCAAGAUACUUUUCGUUUAUUCCAAUUUCCCAAGAGUUGGGCGAUUAAGAACCAAGUUGACGCUGUUAAUAUUGCUGCUCAGUUUUACUGUAUAAUUUUAAAGAUACAGCCUACGCCAGCGGCUUGGAAUGAUCUUGGUAUCGCACUUUUACAUAAAAGUCGACUGACAGGAAGCAAAGCAUGGGCUGAAAAGGCGAGUUUAUGCUUCAAGCGGGCUAUCUUACUGUGUAAAGUGCCAACCUCGCAAUCAAUAUAUUGGACCAAUCUAUCGAGAGCUGUGGAAUGUUGUGGCAAUAAAUAUCGAGAAAGACAUUGCUUAGUUCGAUCUUUGCAACUGAACAAGAGAAAUGAUGUUGCAUGGUGUUUAUUAGGCUUGUUAUAUAUCAGAUGCAAAUUGUAUUCAUUGGCUAAAGCAGCAUUGGAUAUGGGACAAAAAUGUAAUCCAAAUUCUGCUGAAGUUUGGUGUUCUCUUGCUUUACUGGCUGAAUCAGAGAAUCAUUACGAUACGAUGGAUCUGUUUCGUCAUUCUCUGUCACUUAAACCUACUGAGUUAGCAAUCAAGAAAUAUUCGUAUUAUAUUGCAAAAGGCCUUUAUAACAAACAUCAUUUCAGUACCACAACAAUGUUUCAUUUCAACAGUGUGGCAGAUUUUUAUGGUGGGAGCUCACGUAAUGAUGAAAUGACUUUUUUUCUUGCAAUUUUAUCGGAAUUUUUGUGGUACAUUCCAUUUGCUAUUCACUAUUUACAACGGUGUUCCAGUUAUCCUACGGAUGAAAUUCUAAACAUUCACAAACAACGAGUGUACAUCAAAGCCGGCAUUAUUGUUCAUUCUGAAGUUGAAUGUCUCCAUCGAUUGUCCACACUAUAUAGCUUAACGACAGACCAACUUUAUGAGAAAUUAAAGGAUAAUGGAAGAUCAUUAUUUUAUCACCUAAUUGUUGCAUUAGAUAAUAACAAUUAUGAUGAAUUUUGUCAGAUAUUAUCAAAUUUUAAUAGUAAAGUAACGAUGCCGCUGCUGAUUUCAUCCAUAAUUUAUCUAAAAAAGGUUGUUAGCGAUGAAUUAAUCAAGAUAUUAAAUGAUAUUCAACCACGGCAUCAUUUGCUCGAUGUUUAUCCACCUGAAUAUAUUAUUGAUAAGGAAAGCGAAUUUAGCAUUGUCGAUUCCAACGAUGAACCAAUAAUUCUUGAAGAUAACUUAUCAAAGGUUUUUUCUUUAAAAAAUUUUUUUUGGUUUUUUUUAUAUUUUUUCUAG